AUGGAAGGCGGCGGUCAUCCGGCUACUGUACAGGAAAAAACACCUGAACAAGUCGCAGAGGAGAAACUAAGGGCGAAAUACCCCAAUCUUGUUGCUCAGGGACCAUCAAUUUUACAAAAACGUCUUAAUCGUAACGUGAAAUAUUUCGACUCAGGUGAUUAUAACAUGGCCAAAGCUCGAUGUAAUAACUCCCAGAAGGCUGGAAUGCUCAAGGCCAAUCCAACCUCAUCGUCUGUAAUUCCGGACGUUCCUGCCGAUGUAAUCGCUGCUCAACAAACGGGUGAUACGAUUCCCACACCUGAGAAUGUUCCAGCGGUGCGCAAAAAGGCUGUAGAGUUGCAGCAUGAGCUCCACCACCAUAGUCAUUCGAGUGCUGCUGCCACUCCCUCCACCAGUGCUGCCGUGACCACUACCAUUACCCAUCCCAUCUCUUCAUCCCUUGGCUCACCCACUUGCCCCGUCACUAAGUCGAUCUUGGCUCCCGCCAACCCAGCGGUGGUUUCUAACAUUCGUUUCCCGGUGUCUUUCGUUGCCAUGAUUCUGACCACGCACCGACAAGUUGGUGGUCACUUCGCGGAGCAGGAUAACAAGCUUUUCAGUGGUCGGGGCGAUGCAUUUUCGAUUCGCUAUGAGCACAUUCCAUCUCCUAAUAUGUUCAUCUUUUGCUACCGCAUAUCAAGCAGUCUUGAUGUUCUUGACAAAGCUCUGAUAUACAUGUAA